GUGCGCGGUCCGGAGGCUGCCGGCGUGCUGGCGCAGGCGGUCCGCGGACUGGACGCGGAGGAGCUGGGCGGGCUGGCGCGUCUGCGGGUGGUCCUUUCCAAGCGCCACGGCGCGCCGGCGGCGCCCGAGCUGGCGCGCGCCCUGGCGGCCGAGCUCGGUGCCCGCCGCUGGCUCCCGCCGAGGCAGGCGGCCAAGAUCGCCCACGCGGCCGCGCGGCUCGCUGCAGCAGACCUGGUCGGCCCACAGCUGGACGUCCUGACCGCCGCGAGCCUCGGGCGCGCUGGGGCCACGUGUGGACAGGAGGCCGUCACGUUGCUACAUGCGCUGGCGUGUGCGCGCCCUGGAUCGGGCGCCGGCGCCGAGCUGCUGGAGCUGGCGCUUCGGGAGCAAGGUCUGCAGCCGUCGACGCUUGUGGCCGCGCUGCGCUGCGCUGACCGUCUGGAGCUGAUGCCCCCAGAAGCUCUGCUGGGCUUUGCGGCCAGCGCUCUGCACGCCCCCCUGAGGCUGGAGUCGUUGCCGCAGCCUCCAGCAGGCUACGCGGAGGCCUUGGCAUCUUUGUCCAGGCGUGGAGUCAGGCUCGAGGGGUUGUUCCAAGACGUCGCGGCGGCGCUUGCGUUGUGCGUGUCGAGGGGUGAGACAGCGCUCGUGGAGCGGUGGCUGCGACAGCUGCUUUACACCAGGGUUGGGACCUGUGCAGUCUGGGACGCAGGGAUCGCACAGGAGUUCGAAGCGCAGUUGAAGGACAUCUUGCAGGGGGUUGCUCUGCCUGUGGUAGUCUCGCUGGCCAAAAUUCUUCAGGACAGCAGGGCUCACCGGGUGGGCCUGUGGCGGGUCGUCGUCGACGAGCUGCGGUCUCGGAUCCUCGGGUUCGGCACCCUCGGCGCGCCCUGCUUUGACCGAGACCUUCUUCCACAGGCCCUCGAUGUCGUGAGGCGCUCUCCGUUUCGGGCUGCGACGUGGCCGCAGGGGCUCGCCUUCGCCGCUGCGCAGUGCGCUGGGCACUCCCUCGAGACCGCCCCUUCCGUGGAGCUGGCGCGCUUGCUGCACGCGUUCCACCGGCUGCUCGCGCCGCCGCAGUUCGUGUCCCUGGUCGUCCGCCCGCAUACCCGCGUGCUGCAGGCUCGGCUUGCCGAUGCCAACCAGCUCGGCGAUCUGCUGCCGGCGGUGCUGCACUCGCUCGCCAACGGGGGCGGGCGCAGCGCGGCCGAGGCUCGCUGGCCCACGUGGUGGCGUGGCGUCGUGAUUCGCCCGUGGGCCGCGCAGCUCCGGAGGCUGACGGCGCUGCUGCUCGACGCCGGUCCUGUCCGCGGCGGCGGGCGCGCCGCGUACUUGAGGUCGCUCCGGGGCUUCCGCCUGAGCGACGUGGGCGAGCAGUGGAUCCUGCCCGUCAGCCGCGGCCUGGGGCUGCGGGCGCCGCCUGGGCGCUUCGUGAGGACGGCGCUGCGCUCGCUGCUGAGGCGCCGGCGGCGGGUCGACGCAGCAAGCCCUUGGGCGCAGCGGGCGCUCGGCUUCGCCGCCUGGAGCCUGCGGUCCAGCGUCGACGGCAGGGCCCUCUCGAGGAGCGACGGGCAGCUGACGUUCAGCGUGGCCAAAGAGGUGGGCCUCGAGGAGCACGCCGCGGACCUGCUGAGUGCGGACGUCGGCUUCCUCGACAAAACGUACAGGCGCCACGGGGACGUGGAGCGCGCCGUGCUGCUGAGCAUCCUGCGAGACCUGGGCGAGCACGCGGGAGCCGAGGGCCGGCGGCACGUCACGGGCAACGUCGACAUCUUCGUGGACCGCGUCACUUGCAUCUCCUGUCUGGGGGUGCUGGUCCAGUUCCGGCGCCUGCUCCCCAGAGUCUGCGUGCGCGUUGCCUGCGCCCUGCCGCCCUUGCUGUCCCGGCACCUCGGCUACUCGCGGUACUUCGGUGUGGCGCGGGCCAGUCCGCGCGACACGUCGUUGGCGCCCGUUUCGGCUUUCGAGUGGGACCCAUGACUUCGCAGGCCCGCGAGAAGCAUGAUGCAUCACGGCUGGCACAAGCUGGACGCGGCUCGAGAGCUCCGGGGUAGGAGGGCUCGCCGAAGCCCUAGAAGACGUGGAGAUGUUUUUUGUUGUUUGAGGAUGCAUGGUGGAGAGGGU